AUGUCUGAAGAUGAUGAAAAAGUUAAGCUCCGUCGAAUUGAACCUGCCAUUCAGAAAUUCGUUAAAGUGGCAAUUCCAACAGAUUUGGAGAGGUUAAGAAAGCACCAAAUAAAUAUUGAGAAGUAUCAGAGAUGCAGGCUGUGGGACAGAUUGCACGAAGAGCACAUCAACGCAGGACGAACAGUUCAGCAACUCCGUGCCAACAUGAGAGAGAUGGAGAAACUCUGUUUGCGAGUCCGACAGGAAGACAUCCCCGUUCUGCAGAGAAUGAUAAAUCCUGUUAAAGAGGAAGCUUCACUGGCCAUAAAGGACUUCCUGCAGCUCCAUUCUCAAUCUGCAGAAGAACUUAAAAGGCAACUCGAAGGACAGGACGAUGCCUCUUUAACCAGAUCUGCAACUGUAGGAGGAGGUAAAACUUUGCAUAACAUGGAAGAAGUGAAGGAUGGCUCCCAAAGUUUAAUCCAGAUCUCCUGCCUUCCCGAAAUACCUCAGGAAGAAAAUGCAGCAGAGUCCUGGGAAACUUUGGAAGAGAACUUGAUUCAGCUUAGCCAGUUGGUGACUGAAUUUUCUGUCUUAGUCAACGCACAGCAGGAGAAGAUUGACAGGAUUGAAGACCAUGUCAGCAGCGCCGCUGUGAAUGUUGAAGAGGGAACCAAAAACUUGGGGAAGGCUGCAAAAUACAAGCUGGCAGCUCUGCCUGUGGCAGGUGCAGUCAUUGGUGGAGUGGUGGGGGGUCCUAUUGGUCUCCUCGCAGGCUUCAAAGUGGCAGGAAUUGCAGCUGCACUUGGUGGUGGGAUUUUGGGUUUCACAGGUGGAAAACUGAUACAAAAAAGAAAACAAAAAAUGAUUGAGCAGGUCUCUACCAGCUGUUGCCAAAGUGCCAAAAAAUCCAGCUGA